AUGUCCGCCAAAGCCGAGAAGAAGCGGCGAGUGAGUGGCCGGUCAGUUCGCAGUGGCCGCAAGACAGAGCAAGCCGUGGACUCCUCUUUGUCAGCUCGAACGGAGGAGAACAUCCGGCCUGCUGAAUCGCAGUCUCAGACACGGCCUGAGUCUCUCAGAGAGGAGCCAGAGGACCUGUUGGAUACAUUGGAGGUACAGAAAGAAGAUUUUCAAGAGUCUGCUAUGGAUGUAAAGCCCCUUUUCCGGUCCCGAGCUGUGCUGACAGGACUGGCAGAUGCCACUUGGACAGAGGAGUUUGAUACCAUUCUGGAUCAGUUUGCUCAGAACCCCUCAGAGCCGAUCCUCACCUUCUAUGUUGACCCUUUCAUGGGGCUGAAGAUAAAUCUGGGCGUGCCAACACAGGUUCCGAACCAGAUAGCCUACUUCAUUCGCCAGGAACCAGUUGCCGUCACUCCCGAGAACUUUGAGGCGGUGGUGCAGUAUGGGACAGUGAGGGGCCCCUACAUCUCAGCCCUUCUCCGGCUGCUCACUGGCAUCUUUGCCCCUCAGAUCUUUACAAACACGACCUGGCCUGAGAGCAUUCGGAACCACUUUGCUUCUCACAUGCACAGGUUCCUCGCCUGCCUGACCGAUACUCGCUACAAACUGGAGGGGCACACAGUGCUCUACAUCCCUACAGAGGCCAUGAACCUGAGGCCUCAGGCGGUAGUUAAGGACAAGGAGCUGGUUCAGCGGCUAGAGACGGCCAUGAUCCACUGGACCCGGCAGAUCAAGGAGGUGCUCAGCGCCCAGGAGACUGUGGAUGCAGGAGAAAAUCUGGGUCCUUUGGAGGAGAUUGAGUUUUGGCACAACAGAUGCAUGGACCUGUCUGGCAUUAGCAAACAGCUGGUGAAGAAGGGGGUGAAGCACAUCGAGUCUAUUCUGCGCAUCGCCAAGUCUUCCUACUUGUCGCCUUUCCUGAAACUGGCCCAGCAGAUCCAGGACGGCUCUAUUCAAGCACAGUCCAACUUGACUUUCCUGUCAAUCCUGAAGGAGCCGUAUCAGGAAUUGGCCUUCAUGAAGCCCAAGGACAUCCCUAACAAGCUCCCCAAGUUGAUCAGCCUCAUCCGCAUCAUCUGGGUCAACUCGCCCUACUACAACACUCGGGAGAGACUCACCUCCCUCUUCCGGAAGGUAUGCGAUUGUCAAUACCAUUUUGCCCGCUGGGAAGAUGGCAAGCAAGGUGCCCUCCCUUGCUUCUUUGGUGCCCAGGGGCCCCAGAUUACACGGAACUUGCUGGAGAUUGAGGAUAUUUUUCAUAAAAAUCUAUCCAUGCUUCGGGCUGUCCGAGGGGGCAUCCUGGAUGUGAAGAACACUUCUUGGCACGAAGACUACAAUAGGUUCCGUGCUGGAAUCAAGGACCUGGAGGUGAUGACACAGAACUUGAUCACCUCCGCCUUUGAGUUAGUACUUGACGUCGAGCACGGAGUACUGCUUCUGGACACCUUCCACAGACUGGCCACCCGAGAGGCUAUUAAGAGAACGUAUGACAAGAAAGCGGUGGAUCUCUACAUGCUGUUCAACAGUGAGCUGGCGCUCACGAACCGGGAACUGAGCAAAAAGUGCCCAUACCUGGUGCCAAGCAUGGCCCAGUAUUCUGGACAAGCGCACUGGAUGCGGAUACUGCGGCGUCGCAUCGACAGAGUCAUGAACUGUCUUUCUGAGGCUCAUUUCCUGCCCCAAAUUGGGACUGGAGAGGAGACUAUUCAUACCUAUCAGCAGAUGAUUCAAGGCAUCGAUGAACUGGUUCGAAAAACAUUCCAGGAUUGGACAGCAACACUGGACAAGGACUGCAUCAAGCGACUGGACAGUUCAUUGUUACGCAUCAGCCAGGAGAAGCCUGGCAUGCUGGAUGUCAAUUUUGACAAGACCCUGCUGAUUCUUUUCGUGGAGAUCGAGUACUGGGAGAGGCUGCUAUUCGAGACGCCCCAUUAUGUGGUGAAUGUAGCCGAACGUGCUGAGGACCUGCGAAUCCUUCGUGAAAAUCUGCUGCUUGUGGCCCGCGACUAUAACAGGAUCAUUGCCAUGCUGUCUCCGGAUGAGCUAGCCCUGUUCAAAGAGCGGAUUCGAUUUCUGGAUAGGAAGAUCCACCCUGGACUCAAGAAACUAAAUUGGUCCUUGAAGGGGGCCAGUGCCUUCUUCAUCACAGAGUGCCGCAUCCAUGCCGGCAAGGUACAGGGGAUCGUGAAUGAGUUCAAGGCCUCGACUAUGACCAUUGGCUGGCGAGCCCAGGAGAUAUCUGAGAUGCUGCUGGUCCGCAUUAGUGGCAAACGGGUCUACCGGGAUCUGGAAUUUGAGGAGGACCAGAGGGAGCACCGGGACACUGUGCAAAAGAAAUUGAUGAACCUGCAUCAAGAUGUGGUGAACAUCAUGACCAACUCCUAUGAGGUCUUCAAGAAUGAUGGCCCUGAGAUUCAGCAGCAGUGGAUGCUGUACAUGAUUCGGCUGGACCACAUGAUGGAGGAUGCCCUACGUCUGAAUGUGAAAUGUUCAUUGCAAGAACUCUCCAAGGCGAUCAAUGGGGAUGGAAAGACCACCCCAAACCCUCUCUUCCGAGUUCUUGUCAUUUUGAAGAAUGACCUUCAGGGAGGGGAGGCUCAGGUCGAAUUCUCCCCCACUCUGCAGACUUUGGCAAAUGUAGUCAAUGACAUUGCCAGUCACCUAUUUACCACCAUUUCUGUCUUUCAACACCUCCCUGAAAUUCUCGUCAAGCGCAAGUAUCUUCGGGACCCCAUCUCUGUCAUUGUGGAGCGAGACGAGGAGAUCAAGAAGAUUCAGGCCCAAAUCAGCGCCGGCAUGACAAGCAAUGCCAGCCUGCUCCAGAGCUACCUCAAGACCUGGGAUACGUAUCGGGAAAUCUGGGAGAUCAAUAAGGAUUCUUUCAUUCGCCGCUACCAGCGCCUCAACCCUCCCGUCUCUUCUUUUGAUGCUGACAUUGCUCGUUACACGGAGGUCGCCAACAACGUGCAGAAGGAAGAGACCGUCCUCAACGUCCAGUUUGUGAUGCUGGACUGCUCGCACCUCAAGUUCUCACUGGUGCAGCACUGCAAUGAGUGGCAGAACAAGUUCACGACGCUGCUCAAGGAGAUGGCGGCCAAGCGCCUGCUGGAGCUGCAUACCUACCUCAAGGAAAAUGCAGAGAAAAUCAGCCACCCCCCCCAGACCCUGGAGGAGCUGGGCGCCAGUCUGCAUCUCAUGGAUACCCUGCAACAUGACUUACCUAACAUGGAGUCCCAGAUCCCCCCCAUCCAUGAACAGUUCGCCAUCCUGGAAAAGUAUGAAGUGCUCGUUCCAGACAGCGUGCUGAACAUGCUGGAAAGUCUCAAUGGCGAGUGGCUCUCCUUCCAGCAAACUUUGUUGGACAGUGAACAAAUGCUGAAGAAACACAAGGAAAAGUUUAAGACAGGCCUUAUUCAUACAGCCGAAGACUUCAAGAAGAAAGCGCACAAUCUUCUCGAUGACUUUGAGUUCAAAGGCCCCUUCACCAGCAGUGUGGGAUACCAGGCUGCUCUAGAACAGAUCGCUCAAGUGCGUGCCAUGCUGAAUGCCAUGAGGGAAGAAGAAAACAGUCUUCGUGCCAACUUGGGCAUCUUCAAAAUUGAGCAGCCAGCCUCAAAGGACCUACAGCACCUGGAGAAGGAGAUAGACGCCUUACAGCAAGUCUGGGAAAUCACUCGGGACUGGGAGGAGAACUGGAACCAGUGGAAGAUGGGCCAGUUCCUGACCCUGCAGACGGAGACCAUGGAGGCCACAGCCCACGGGCUCUACCGGCGCCUCACAAGACUAGCCAAAGAGUAUAAGGAUCGAAACUGGGAAAUUAUUGAAAACAGUCGCGCAAAAAUAGAGCAGUUCAAGAGAACCAUGCCCCUCAUCUCGGACCUGCGGAACGCUGCUCUGAGAGAGAGGCAUUGGGAUCAGAUCAGAGAUGAGAUCCAGCGGGAGUUCGAUCAGGAAUCUGAAAAGUUCACCUUGGAACAAAUUGUGGAGCUUGGGAUGGAUCAGCAUGUGGAGAAGAUCGGGGAGAUUUCUGCCUCAGCGACCAAAGAACUAGCUAUAGAAGUGGCGUUGCAGAACAUUGCCAAGACCUGGGAUAUGAUUCAGCUAGACAUAGUCCCCUACAAGGAUAAGGGCCAUCACCGACUCAGAGGUACAGAGGAAGUAUUUCAGGCACUGGAAGAUAACCAAGUGGCUCUGUCUGCCAUGAAGGCGUCUCGUUUUGUCAAGGCCUUUGAGAAGGAAGUCGACCACUGGGAACGUUGUCUCUCCCUCAUUUUGGAAGUCAUUGAGAUGGUACUCACAGUGCAGCGCCAGUGGAUGUACCUCGAGAAUAUCUUCCUAGGAGAGGACAUUCGCAAACAGCUACCCAACGAAUCAUCCUUGUUUGACCAGGUCAACAGCAACUGGAAAGCCAUCAUGGAUCGCAUGCACAAAGAUAGCAAUGCUCUCCGGAGUACUCACUAUCCAGGAACCCUGGAUAUAUUGAUCGAAAUGAACUCAAUCCUGGAAGACAUUCAGAAGUCUCUGGAUAUGUACUUAGAGACCAAGCGGCAAAUUUUCCCCCGUUUUUACUUCUUAUCUAACGAUGAUCUUUUGGAGGUUCUGGGACAGUCUCGCAACCCAGAGGCUGUGCAGCCGCACCUCAAAAAAUGCUUUGAUAACAUAAAAUCACUAAGAAUGCAAAAGGUGGGAGGACCCAGCAACAAAUGGGAGGCUGUAGGAAUGUUUUCAGGUGAUGGCGAAUAUGUUGAUUUCCUCCACGCAGUACUUUUAGAAGGGCCUGUAGAGUCCUGGCUUUGUGAUGUGGAGAGGAUCAUGAGGUUGACGCUACGGGACCUUCUCCGGAGCUGCCGUCUGGCCCUCAAGAAGUUUCUUAACAAGAGGGACAAGUGGGUCAAGGAAUGGGCCGGCCAGAUGGUGAUCGCCGCCAGUCAGAUCCAGUGGACUGCAGAUGUGUCUAAAUGUCUGAUGACGGCAAAGGAGCGGGGAGACAAGAAGAUUCUCAAGGUCAUGAAGAAGAAGCAGGUGUCCAUCCUGAACAGGUUUUCGGAAGCUCUCAGGGGGAACUUAACCAAGAUCAUGCGGCUUAAGAUUGUGGCUCUGGUGACGAUCGAAAUCCACGCCCGCGAUGUGCUGGAAAAGCUUUACAAGAGCGGCCUCAUGGACGUCUACUCCUUUGACUGGCUCAGCCAACUGCGCUUUUAUUGGGAGAAGGAUUUAGAUGACUGCAUGAUCCGCCAGACUAACACCCAGUUCCAGUAUGGGUACGAAUAUUUGGGGAACUCUGGUCGGCUUGUCAUCACCCCCCUGACGGACAGGUGUUACAUGACUCUGACUACAGCUUUGCACCUGCACCGAGGGGGCUCCCCCAAAGGCCCAGCAGGCACGGGGAAGACAGAGACCGUCAAGGACCUGGGCAAGGCGCUCGGCGUCUAUGUCAUUGUGGUCAACUGCUCCGAGGGCUUGGACUAUAAGUCCAUGGGACGAAUGUAUUCGGGCCUUGCCCAGACAGGUGCCUGGGGCUGCUUCGAUGAGUUCAAUCGCAUCAACAUUGAGGUGCUCUCCGUGGUGGCUCAGCAGAUCCUGUCCAUCCUGACCGCCUUGACUGCUGGCCAAACCCGGUUCUAUUUUGAAGGCUUUGAGAUCAGUCUGGUGUGGUCCUGUGGGAUCUUCAUCACCAUGAAUCCUGGCUAUGCUGGUCGCACAGAACUUCCUGAAAAUCUUAAAUCCAUGUUCCGUCCUAUUGCAAUGGUGGUGCCUGAUUCUACUCUGAUUGCAGAAAUCAUUCUCUUCGGGGAGGGCUUUGGCAACUGCAAGAUUCUAGCCAAGAAAGUCUACACACUUUAUUCACUAGCAGUGCAGCAGCUUUCCAGACAGGACCAUUAUGAUUUUGGUCUCCGCGCUCUCACCUCACUCCUGCGUUACGCUGGCAAGAAGCGCCGCCUGCAGCCAGACCUGACGGAUGAAGAGGUCUUGCUGCUUUCCAUGAGAGAUAUGAACAUUGCCAAGUUAACGUCAAAUGAUGUGCCAUUAUUCAAUGCCAUCGUGCAAGAUUUGUUUCCCAACAUCGAGCUGCCUGUCAUUGACUACGGCAAGCUGAGAGAAGCCAUUGAACAGGAGAUCGGAGCAAUGGGCCUGCAGCUCACUCCAUUCACCCUUACCAAGGUUCUUCAGCUGUACGAAACCAAGAGCUCCCGCCACUCCACUAUGCUGGUGGGCGGCACAGGCAGUGGCAAGACAACCUCAUGGAAAGUUCUUCAGUCAUCUUUGUCUUCCCUGUGCCGUGCUGGAGAACCUGGCUUCAACAUCAUUAGAGAAUUUCCUUUGAAUCCAAAGGCCUUGUCUCUCGGGGAGCUAUAUGGGGAAUAUGAUCUCAACACUAACGAGUGGACAGAUGGUGUCCUGUCCAACGUCAUGCGGAUGGCAUGUGCAGAUGAGAAACCAGAUGAGAAAUGGAUCGUGUUUGAUGGCCCGGUGGACACACUGUGGAUCGAGAGCAUGAACUCCGUCAUGGAUGAUAACAAAGUGUUGACACUCAUCAAUGGAGAGCGCAUUUCGAUGCCCGAGCAGGUUUCUCUCCUGUUUGAAGUGGAGAACCUGGCAGUGGCUUCUCCAGCCACCGUGUCUCGCUGUGGGAUGGUCUACACGGACUACUCUGACCUGGGUUGGAGACCCUAUGUUCAGUCGUGGCUGGAGAAGAGACCGAAGGGAGAGACAGAGCCCUUGCAGCGCAUGUUCGAGAAGUUUAUCAAUAAGAUGCUGGCUUUCAAGAAGAAUAACUGCAACGAGCUGGUGCCUCUUCCCGAAUACAGUGGAAUUAUUUCCCUCUGCAAGUUGUACUCAGCUCUGGCGACACCAGAGAAUGGGGUGAAUCCUGCUGAUGUUGACAGCUAUGGGACCAUGGUGGAGCUGACAUUUGUGUUUAGCAUGAUCUGGUCUGUGUGUGCCUCUGUGGACGAGGAGGGCCGCAAGAAGAUCGAUAGCUACCUCCGGGAGAUUGAAGGUUCCUUUCCCAAUAAGGACACGGUAUAUGAAUAUUUUGUGGAUCCCAAAGCACGAAAUUGGACAUCAUUUGAGGAUAAGCUUCCUAAAAGUUGGCGCUACCCUCCAAACUCCCCCUUCUAUAAGAUCAUCGUGCCCACUGUGGACACGGUGCGCUACAACUACCUGGUGAGCGCGUUGGUGUCCAACCAGAAUCCUGUCCUCUUGGUGGGUCCUGUUGGGACCGGAAAGACCUCCAUCGCCCAGGGUGUUCUGCAGUCGCUGCCUUCCAGCCAGUGGUCAGUCCUCAUUGUCAACAUGUCUGCACAGACCACGUCCAAUAAUGUGCAGAGCAUCAUUGAGAGCAGGGUGGAGAAGCGGACCAAGGGUGUCUACGUGCCAUUUGGGGGCAAAAGCAUGAUCACCUUCAUGGAUGAUAUUAAUAUGCCAGCCAAGGACACCUUUGGGUCCCAGCCGCCCCUCGAGCUGAUUCGCCUCUGGAUUGACUACGGCUUCUGGUACGAUCGUUUGAAGCAGACCAUCAAGUAUAUUCGGGACAUGUUCCUGAUGGCUGCCAUGGGCCCUCCCGGGGGUGGACGAACUGUCAUCUCCCCGAGGCUGCAGAGUCGUUUCAACAUCAUCAACAUGACCUUUCCCACAGAGUCCCAGAUUAUCCGAAUAUUUGGCACGAUGAUCAAUCAGAAGCUUCAGGAGUUCGAGGAAGAGGUGAAACCCAUUGGGAAUGUGGUGACCGAGGCCACCUUGGACGUUUACAACUCUGUGGUCCAGCGCUUCCUGCCCACUCCGGCCAAGAUCCAUUAUCUCUUCAACCUUCGAGAUAUCUCGAAGGUGUUCCAGGGCAUGUUGAGAGCCAACAAGGACUUCCAUGACACCAAGACUAGCAUCACACGACUCUGGAUCCAUGAAUGUUUCAGAGUCUUCUCCGACCGACUAGUUGAUGCAUCAGACAUGGAAGCCUUCAUGGGCAUCAUAAGUGACAAACUCGGCUCCUUCUUUGACCUCACCUUUCAUAAUAUUUGCCCCAACAAACGUUCUCCAGUCUUUGGGGAUUUCCUGAGGGAGCCCAAGGUAUAUGAAGACCUGACCGACAUGACAACAUUGAAGAUAGCCAUGGAGAAUGCUCUGAAUGACUACAAUUUGUUGCCCGCUGUGGUGCCAAUGCAGCUGGUGCUCUUCCGAGAGGCCGUAGAACACAUCACAAGGAUUGUGCGGGUCAUUGGACAGCCUAGGGGCAACAUGCUCUUGGUGGGCAUUGGUGGCAGUGGCCGCCAGAGUUUGGCUCGGUUGGCCUCGUCCAUCUGUGAGUACAUCACCUUCCAGAUUGAGGUCACCAAACACUAUCGGAAACAGGAGUUCCGAGAAGAUAUCAAGCGUCUGUAUUCCCAGGCUGGAGUCGAGCUCAAGGCCACGUCCUUCCUGUUCGUGGACACUCAGAUCGCCGAUGAGUCCUUCUUAGAGGACAUUAACAACAUCCUCAGCUCGGGAGAGGUCCCCAAUCUCUACAAGACUGACGAAUUUGAAGAGAUCCAGACGCAUAUCAUAGAGCAGGCCCGGGCUGAUCAGGUGCCCGAGUCCUCCGACAGUCUCUUCGCUUACCUCAUUGAACGCGUGCGCAACAAUCUACACAUCAUUCUCUGCCUCAGUCCAGUGGGCAACCCCUUCAGGAACUGGAUUCGCCAGUACCCAGCCUUGGUGAACUGCACGACCAUCAACUGGUUCUCAGAGUGGCCCCGUGAGGCCCUGCUGGAGGUCGCCGAGAAAUACCUGCUGGGAGUAGACCUGGGAACCCAGGAGAAUAUCCACAGGAAAGUGGCGCAGAUCUUCGUCACCAUGCACUGGUCCGUGGCUCAGUAUUCCCAGAAGAUGCUGUUGGAGCUUCGAAGAUACAACUAUGUCACACCCACCAACUACCUGGAACUCGUGUCUGGAUAUAAGAAGUUGCUGGCAGAGAAGCGACAGGAGCUACUGGACCAAGCCAAUAAGCUGCGUACAGGGUUGUUUAAGAUUGACGAAACCAGGGAAAAGGUGGAAACCAUGUCGCUGGAGCUGGAGGAGGCCAAGAGGAAGGUGGCUGAGUUCCAGAAACAGUGUGAGGAGUAUUUGGUCAUCAUCGUGCAACAGAAACGGGAAGCUGAUGAGCAGCAGAAGGCUGUCACGGCCAACAGUGAGAAGAUUGCAGUUGAGGAAAUCAAGUGCCAGGCUCUGGCUGACAAUGCCCAGAAGGACCUAGAAGAGGCACUGCCAGCCCUCGAAGAGGCCAUGCGGGCUCUGGAGUCUUUGAACAAGAAGGAUAUUGGAGAGAUAAAAUCUUAUGGCCGCCCCCCGGCUCAAGUGGAGAUCGUGAUGCAGGCAGUCAUGAUUCUUCGAGGAAAUGAGCCCACUUGGGCAGAGGCCAAGAGACAACUCGGGGAACAGAACUUUAUCAAGUCCCUGAUCCAUUUUGAUAAAGACAACAUCUCAGACAAGGUUCUGAAGAAGAUUGGGGCCUACUGCGCCCAGCCCGACUUCCAGCCCGACAUCAUCGGCCGGGUCUCUCUGGCUGCCAAAUCCCUCUGCAUGUGGGUCCGGGCCAUGGAGCUCUACGGUCGGCUCUACCGGGUCGUGGAGCCCAAGCGGGCACGACUGAAUGCGGCAUUGGCACAGCUGCAGGAGAAGCAGGCGGCUCUGGCGGAGGCCCAGGAGAAGCUGCGGGAGGUGGCUGAGAAGCUGGAAAUGCUGAAGAAACAGUACGACGAGAAGCUGGCCCAGAAAGAGGAGCUCCGCAAGAAGUCUGAGGAGAUGGAGCUGAAGCUGGAGCGAGCUGGGAUGCUGGUGUCUGGCUUGGCUGGCGAGAAGGCCCGAUGGGAAGAAACAGUUAAGGGCCUGGAGGAAGAUCUGGGCUACCUGGUGGGUGACUGUCUCCUGGCAGCUGCCUUUCUGUCCUACAUGGGCCCCUUCCUGACCAACUACCGCGAUGAGAUUGUCAACCAAAUCUGGAUGAGGAAGAUGUGGGAGCUUCAAGUUCCCUACUCACCUCGCUUCACCUUUGAUAACUUCCUGUCCAAUCCUACCAAAGUCCGGGACUGGAACAUUCAAGGGCUGCCCUCAGACGCCUUCUCUACUGAAAAUGGCAUCAUUGUCACCCGUGGCAACAGGUGGGCAUUGAUGAUUGAUCCUCAGGCGCAGGCCCUGAAGUGGAUUAAGAACAUGGAAGGAAACCAGGGUCUCCGAAUCAUCGACUUGCAGAUGAGCGAUUACCUUCAAAUCCUAGAAAAAGCCAUUCAGUUCGGAUAUCCAGUGUUGCUCCAGAAUGUGCAAGAAUAUCUGGACCCCACACUCAACCCUGUGCUCAACAAAUCUGUGGCUCGAAUUGGUGGCCGGCUGCUGAUCCGAAUUGCAGAUAAGGAGGUGGAAUACAACCCCAACUUCCGUUUCUACAUCACCACCAAGCUUUCCAACCCCCACUAUAGCCCAGAGACGUCAGCCAAGACCACUAUUGUCAACUUUGCUGUCAAAGAACAGGGUUUGGAGGCCCAACUCUUGGGCAUUGUGGUCCGGAAGGAGCGGCCUGAACUGGAGGAGCAGAAGGAUUCACUGGUCAUCAAUAUUGCGGCUGGGAAGAGGAAGCUCAAGGAGCUGGAGGACGAGAUUCUCCGGCUGCUGAAUGAGGCCACGGGAUCCCUGCUAGAUGAUGUGCAACUGGUGAACACCCUGCAGACCUCUAAGGUGACGGCCACUGAAGUCACCGAGCAGCUGGAGACCAGUGAAACCACAGAGAUCAACAUUGACCUGGCCCGAGAGGCUUAUCGGCCCUGUGCCCAGAGGGCAUCCAUUCUGUUCUUCGUGCUCAAUGACAUGGGUCGCAUUGACCCUAUGUACCAGUUCUCGCUGGAUUCCUACAUCUCCCUCUUUAUCCUGAGCAUCGACAAAAGCCAUCGCAGCAAUAAGCUGGAGGACCGCAUUGACUACCUGAAUGAAUUCCACACCUACGCUGUUUACAGGUAUACUUGCCGCACCCUUUUUGAGCGCCACAAGCUGCUGUUCAGCUUUCAGAUGUGUGCCAAAAUCUUGGAAACUUCUGGCAAGCUCAACAUGGAUGAAUACAACUUUUUUCUGCGUGGGGGUGUGGUCCUGGACCGAGAGGGUCAGAUGGACAAUCCUUGCACCAGUUGGCUAGCAGAUGCCUACUGGGACAACAUCACUGAGUUAGACAAACUGACCAACUUCCAUGGCCUCAUGAACUCCUUUGAACAAUAUCCUCGUGACUGGCACCUGUGGUACACGCAUUCCACCCCGGAGAAGGCUAUGCUCCCAGGUGAGUGGGAGAACGCCUGCAAUGAGAUGCAGCGGAUGCUGAUCGUUCGCUCCCUGCGCCAGGACCGCGUGUCCUUCUGUGUCACCUCCUUCAUCGUCACAAACCUUGGCUCCCGCUUCAUCGAGCCUCCUGUACUGAACAUGAAGUUGGUGAUGGAGGAUUCAACCCCACGGACCCCACUGGUAUUCAUCCUGUCCCCUGGUGUGGACCCCACUGGCGCCCUGCUCCAAUUGGCAGAACACACCGGCAUGGCCCAGAACUUCCAUGCCCUGUCCCUGGGGCAGGGCCAGGCCCCCAUUGCGGGUCGGCUCCUCCGAGAAGGUGUACUCCAUGGAGACUGGGUUUUCCUAGCCAACUGCCACUUGUCCCUGUCCUGGAUGCCUCAUCUGGACAAGCUGGUGGAGCAGCUUCAGGUGGAGGAUCCUCACCCUUCUUUUCGCCUCUGGCUCAGCUCCAGCCCCCACCCAGACUUCCCUAUCUCCAUCUUGCAGGCCAGCAUCAAGAUAACCACAGAGCCACCCAAGGGCUUAAAGGCCAACAUGACACGUCUUUAUCAGCUGCUGACAGAACCCCAAUUUUCCCGCUGCUCCAAACCAGCCAAGUAUAAGAAGCUGCUGUUUGCUCUCUGCUUCUUCCAUUCUGUGUUACUGGAACGCAAAAAGUUUCUACAGCUGGGCUGGAACAUUAUCUAUGGCUUCAAUGACUCUGACUUUGAGGUAUCGGAAAAUUUGCUGAGCCUCUAUCUGGACGAGUAUGAGGAAACACCCUGGGAUGCUCUCAAAUACCUCAUCGCUGGAGUCAAUUAUGGUGGGCAUGUUACGGAUGACUGGGACCGGCGCCUACUUACCACUUACAUCAAUGACUAUUUCAAUGAACAAUCCCUCUCCGUCCCCUCCUACAGGUUGUCAGCACUAGAGAUUUAUUUCAUCCCUAAAGAUGGGGGCCUGGCGUCUUACAAGGAAUACAUUAGCAUGUUGCCUGGCAUGGACCCUCCUGAGGCCUUUGGCCAGCACCCCAAUGCUGAUGUGGCCUCCCAGAUCACUGAGGCACGGACUCUUUUCGAGACUCUGCUUUCCCUGCAACCCCAGAUUACACCCAUCAGAGCUGGAGGUCAGACCCGGGAAGAGAUGGUCCUGGAAUUGGCUAUGGAUGUGAAGCAGAAGGUUCCUGAGAUGAUCGACUAUGAGGGGACUCGCAAACUGCUGGCUUCGGAUCCUUCUCCUCUCAAUGUGGUCCUUCUGCAAGAGAUCUUGAGAUACAAUAAUCUUAUGAAGACUAUCCUGUUCUCACUGACAGACCUAGAAAAAGGCAUCCAGGGUCUCAUUGUCAUGUCUACAAGCCUGGAAGAAAUUUUCAAUUGCAUCUUCGAUGCUCAUGUCCCUCCACUGUGGGGAAAGGCAUAUCCCUCACAGAAACCACUGGCUGCAUGGACCCGGGACUUAGCCAUGCGUGUGGAGCAGUUUGAGCUUUGGGCUAGCAAAGCUCGGCCUCCUGUGCUCUUCUGGCUUUCCGGCUUCACCUUUCCCACUGGCUUCCUCACCGCUGUGCUACAGUUUUCAGCUCGACAAAACAAUAUUUCAGUGGACAGCCUUUCUUGGGAGUUCAUUGUUUCUACUGUUGAUGACAGCAACCUCGUGUAUCCACCAAAGGAUGGUGUCUGGGUUCGGGGUUUGUACCUGGAGGGUGCUGGCUGGGAUCGGAAGAAUUCCUGUUUGAUCGAGGCAGAGCCCAUGCAACUCGUCUGCCUUAUGCCCACCAUCCACUUCAGGCCUACUGAGAGUCGCAAGAAGACUGCUAAGGGCAUGUACUCCUGUCCCUGCUACUACUAUCCCAACCGAGCAGGCAGCACAGACAGAGCCUCCUUCGUCAUCGGCAUUGACCUGAAGUCGGGAAACAUGGCACCUGAUCACUGGAUCAAGCGGGGCACGGCCCUGCUCAUGAGUCUGGACAACUGAGAAGGAA